CUACCGGGCCGCGUUGGCUUGCACUGCAGCUCCGUGCAGGCCCUUUAUUCUCAAUGAGAGCAAAGACUCAGCAUGGACAGUAUGAAACCUCGACACAGCUGAAACAUUGACCUGGACCUGUCAAGCUUCACAUCCUGGACCGAACCGACUGAGAAAGAAGUCUUUGUUUGUGGUGAUAAAUUAAGAGAGAAGCCAUGGGACCCGGAAUGUGGUGCUUGUUUACUCUCUUUGGUCUGUCCCUCUGGAGCAACAGCAUAGCCUUCACCAACAACCCUAUCCUCUCCCGGACCCGAAGAGCUCCAGAUGCAAGCGGAGAAAAAUCCAGGUGCUCCUACACCUUCCUGGUCCCUGAGCAGAAGAUCACAGGCCCCAUCUGCGCAGCCCGGGGGCCCGUCCCCGACAAAGACCGAGUGACCCGCCUCGACGUGGCGGCGGUGCUUGACCUUCUGUCCAAGCAGAGGCGGGAGAUGGAGACUCUGAAGCUGGUCGUGGACGUGGACGGCAACCUGGUGAACGAGAUGAAGCUGCUGAGGAAGGAGAGCAGGAACAUGAACUCCAGGGUGACGCAGCUCUACAUGCAGCUGCUGCACGAAAUCAUCAGGAAGAGGGACAACUCAUUGGAGCUGGCUCAGUUGGAGACACGCAUCCUUAAUGCCACCGCUGAGUCACUGCGCCUGUCCUCUCGCUACAAGGACCUUGAGGCCAAAUAUGCUGCUCUCUCGGCGAUAGUCAAUAACCAGUCUGUUGUCAUAGGAGCUCUGGAAGAAAGUUGUAUGAAAAUGCACGAUCGCAGACAGGAGCCGCCGCCACUGGGCCCUCCGAUGGUGCAUGUGGUGCCUGAAAAUAUUCCCGUUAACGUGCCACGCUUCACCAAUGAGAUCCGGGGCGACAACAGUGAAGGCUAUGCCCGUGAAAGGGGCUCUCGCUCUGGACCGUCACCGACAAGUAGCACACUGGAAGUCCAGAAACCUCCUCAGUCAAACUUCAGUGCCGAAGGUCCAUUCAGAGACUGUCUGGAGGCUCAGGAAGCCGGCCACAUCACCAGCGGCAUGUACUUGAUCAAACCCGACGAGACCGAUAGGUCCCUGCAGGUGUGGUGUGAGCAGGACAUGGACAACGGAGGCUGGACUGUAAUCCAGAGCCGGAAAGACGGCUCUGUUAACUUCUUCCGGAACUGGGAAAAUUACAAGAGCGGUUUCGGAAACAUAGACGGGGAGUACUGGCUCGGUCUGGAAGGCAUCUACAAGCUGGGACGUCAGGGCGACUACAAGCUACAGGUGGAGUUGGAGGACUGGAUGGGAAAGAAGGUGUACGCUCAGUACAGCAGCUUCCACCUGGAGCCUGAGAGCGAGGGUUACCGCCUGAGGUUGGGCACCUAUCGAGGCAACGCUGGUGACUCCCUCAGCAGCCACAACGGCAAACAGUUCACUACUCUGGAUCGAGACAAGGACGCCUUCUCAGGUAACUGUGCCCAUUUCCACAAAGGAGGUUGGUGGUACAAUGCUUGUGGCCAAGCCAAUCUCAACGGCGUGUGGUACAGCGGAGGCGUCUACAGAAGCAAAUUCCAGGACGGGAUCUUCUGGGCUGACUACGGCGGAGGAUUCUAUUCCAUGAAGUCCGUCCGCCUCAUGAUUCGGCCCAUUGACGCAUGAGACACUUGACUGUGGACUUGAACCUCAUUUUUAAAGUGUGAUGUCAAAUAUCAUCAUUGACAGAAGGGAGGAAUCCCCACCCUUACAGACUGGACUGUUAUGUUCAUAUGUACAUGCAUAUCGCUAUAGUUACACGAAUAGGAAGAUUGGGAGCAUAUUUAUAGUGUUUCUUUAUCCAGUAAUAUCCUCGUAAGAAACAGCGGCCAAUGCAAUGGACAUUUGUUUCUGUUUGUCAGAGCUACAAAUUUCAGGAAAAUGCUGUAUCAUGCAAAACACAAAUGUUCCGAGAUAUAUAUAUAUAUAUAUAUAUAUAUAUAUAUAUAUAUAUA